CAAGUUUGUGGCCACGUCCACUAAAAUGGACGACUGUUGCGCCGGAACCCCAUUGAAGCUACAGAAAGAGAAACAGAGAGAGAGCAAGCAAGUAUCAAAAUUUAUACUUUCCUCUCUUAUUUGUCUACUCUUCCCAGCUUUGAUGGAUUCCUUCAAGAACGCAGAACGGGGGCAAACCCUGUUCAAGGGACGCAAAGGCGAGAUUCAGUUCAAUAUUCUCUUCCCCAGCAAGCCAUUUAUCGAGGAGCAAUUUUCAGGGCUGGAACAGGAAAAGAGACAAUGCUUCGCUCUGUAGCUAAUAUGGUACUAAAACUAGGCCGCAAGAAAGAAUGUCGUUCAGAAGAGCGCCAGUCAGAAUGCAGAAACCGGCCAAGGGUAGCCGCCUGAUGUACUCGAGCUCCGACGAUGUUGCGGUGAUGAAGCAGCUUGAAGCUGCUCAUGCUCCAGAUGGGCAGGAGAUCGAUGUCAAACCUAUACUCCGUGUAGUUGAGGACAUCUUUGUUCAUGCUGACCCAACUCUCGGGCCAGUUGCUAGCCCGGGCACUCCAGUUCAUGGUGAAGCCUUGGAGGACCAAGCUCUGCAAGCCAGCAUGAGGGAUGCUCUUGAAUCUUUGGCCUUUGUGAUUGAUCGAGUUGCUACAGAGAUUGCCUGCAAAUGCUCGGGAAGUGAGGAUGCACAUGGUUCUGCAAUGGCGAUACUGAACAUGCUUGCCCACUUCUCAUGGGAUGCAAAGUUGGUGAUAGUAUUAGCAGCUUUUGGCAUGAACUAUGGAGAGUUCUGGCUCAUCGCACAGAACUACUCCUCGAAUCAGCUAGCGAAAGCAGUGGCGAUCCUCAAGCAGUUGCCUGAGAUCUUAGAGCUUUCGAAUGCACAGAAACCGAGAUUCGAUGCUGUGAGAAGUGUCAUAAAAACAAUGCUGGACGUUGGCAAGUGUGUCAUUAAGUUUAAGGAGCUGCCGUCUCAGUAUAUUACUUCUGAUGUUGAAGCACUAUCCAUGGCUUUGUCUCAUAUACCCAUUGCUGUCUACUGGACAGCUCGAAGUGUUGUGGCUUGUGCAUCACAGAUCACUGGCCUCGUAGGCCUAGGGCAUGGACACUUAGCGGCAACCACAGAAGCCUGGGAGCUGUCAAGCUUGGGUCACAAACUCAGCAACAUGUGCAGCCACCUCGAAGCUCAACUGGGGACUUGCUAUAAGCACAUUGAUGAAAAGAAAUUCAUGGAGUCUUAUCAGAGCCUUAUCCGUUUGUUUGAGACUAUACAAAUCGAUAACAUGAAGGUUCUCAAGGCAUUGAUUUAUGCAAAGGAUGAUCUGCAGCCUCUUGUCGAUGGUGCCACCAAGAAGAGGGUUCUCUCUGAUUCUUUUUCUCUGAUUUCAAUUUUGUCAAUUCUAUUUGCAGCCUCUGUAAUAAUUGAGUGAAAAUUAUGCUAACCUUAUAGGCCUAUGAAUCCUGAUAUCUGGUCAUGGACAUAUCGUCCUAUAGGAUUAUACUGUAAAUAGGCCUGCUACCCAGGAUGAAUCCUCAUUGAAUCAGUAAAUAUAGUGAGUUUUUCUUCCGUAAAGGCUAAAUCUCCAAUAGAAGUUUUCCUUGUGGUUGACAAUGGCAGGCUCAUUUGGAUGUCCUACGGAGAAAAAUGGUGCUGCUUCUCAUAUCAGGCCUGGACAUCCUGCAAGAGGAGAUCGCUAUCCUCGAGCAGAUAUACAACGAAGCUCGGAUCGAUCCAACGAGACAUGACAUUCAGUAUGAGGUCGUGUGGCUCCCGAUCCUCGACCCUGCUGUCCCAUGGACCGACGGUAAGCAGAAGCAAUUCGAGAGCCUGCAGGCGACCAUGCCUUGGUAUUCAGUGUCCCAUCCAUCGAUUAUCGACCCUGCAGCGAUCAAGUUUGUGAAAGAAGAAUGGAACUUCGGGGAGAAGACUAUUCUCGUUGUGCUAGAUCCUCAAGUAAAGGUCAUGAGCCCAAAUGCACUGCACAUGAUGUGGAUCUGGGGGAGUGCAGCCUUCCCUUUCACCAUUGCUAGGGAGGAAGCCCUGUGGAAGGAAGAGAGUUGGAGGCUUGAAUUGUUGGUAGAUGGCAUUGAUCCGACAAUCGUGCAAUGGAUGUCUGAAGAUAAGUAUAUUUGCGUAUAUGGAGGCGAGGAUACAGAGUGGAUCCGCAAAUUCACCAGCGUGCUACAUGCAGUGGGGAACGCAGCAGGCAUCCCCCUGGAGAUGGUCUAUGUGGGCAAAAGCAACCCAAAAGAGCGAGUUCGUAAGAACAUAACGGCCAUAACAGCAGCUAACAUGAGCCACUGCUGGCAGGACUUGACCCUGGUAUGGUACUUCUGGGUUCGGAUCGAGAGCAUGUGGCACUCGAAGAACCAGCUCCAUAAAACGGUCGACAACGACCCCAUAAUGCAAGAGAUCAUGACAUUGCUUAGCUACGACGGCAGUGAUGAUGGAUGGGCCAUUCUCAGCAGAGGAUCAGGAGGAGACUUGGUCAGAGCCAAAGGAAGCACAUUUGUGACAUGCUUGACCGAGUUCUCAUCGUGGGAGAAGCAAGUUAAAGAAACAGGUUUCCUCCCAGCACUUAAGCAGCACCUCAUGGAGCUCCACAGCCCGCACCACUGCAACCGUCUCGUGCUUCCUGGCGCUGCAGCAAACGCGCCGGAGAGGGUGGUGUGCUCGGAGUGUGGCCGGGCUAUGGAGAAGUUCAUUAUGUAUCAGUGCUGCGAUGAGUAAACAGUGCGGGGCAUAGUACUAACUUAGCUCUUGUUUGAUAUAUGGUGCGUGAUCUUAUGCAAACAGCAAAUAUGAGUCUGUUUUUCAUGUAAAUUGCUGGUGUCAAAGGUACUGUUAUUGAGUUCAUCAUCAAAGUUGUAACUGAUUGUAUGGUCAUGUUUGUGAAACUGUACUGAGAUUGAAUAUAGAUAAGACUGCUGGUUCACUGAUUAACCGUAGAAUCGUGAUAAAACCAUAAUUAAAGUAUAAAUUCAUGUCAAACCGGUAAUUUGAAUGAAAUUUAUCAUAUUGAAAGUAUUGUUUGUGAAACUGUACUAGACAGUAUCAUAUCUUGGUGGGACAAUCUUUCUAUCAAUAUAAUAUUAUUUUGUUAUGUAAC